CGGAAGUGCUCCCUUGGGCUUCCGGAGUCAGGUGCCGGCCUCACCCAAGAUGGCGGCACCCAGGCGCCCCUGAGCGGAGGGGAGGGGAGCGGAGCGGAGCGGAGCGGAGCGCUGCCCGAGGCCGCGGCGGGAACUGCGUCCCCAUGGCGCUGAGCGGCCGCUGCUGCCUGCUGCUGCCAGCCGGCAGGCUCCGGGCACACGGGGCGGGUUUUCGUUUUGCAUCAGCUACAGCAAGUCUCAAAACAGAGACUGAAGUAGACACAAGGGAAAAUGAGGUUGUUGCCUCAGACUUCACUAACAGGAACCCUCGGAACCUGGAGCAGUUGGCACUUGCUAGGAAGGAGCGUGGCUGGAAGACAACAUGGCCAAAGCGUGAAUUCUGGCACAGAUUACGGCUGGAGCGGACGCAGCAUUACGUAGAGGCCUUUGUUGAGCGCUGUAACGGAGAUGUCGUAGUGUCUGCCUCUACUCGAGAGUGGGCUAUAAAGAGACACCUGUACAGUCCUAAGGGGGUAACAGCGUGCAAAAACCUUGGCCGUGUAAUGGCGCAGCGCUGCUUGGAAGCGGGAAUCAACUUUGUGAACUUUAAAGCUGUUAUUCCCUGGGAACGUCAUUGUGACUCGAUUCAAGAGUUUGAAAAAGCUAUGAAAGAGGGUGGUGUUGUUCUGCAAGAGCCACGAAGAAUUUAUCUGUAAAAUGGAGAUCAUCGGGAAAACUUUCCAAGGAAAAGAAAAUCACUUCUUUAGGUGUGUGUACAGGCACAAUGAAGAUCCAGAAAUGGAAAAAGCUGGACCGUAGCAUCUACUAAUAAAACAUUUUUACAUGGAUAGAA